GAGAGGAACGUGAGUGAACUCGGUCGAGAGUGACCGGAGUUAAUUUUGGUUUUAUAAGGAAUACAAUAGUGUCUCCAGAAAGACAGGAUGUAGCAGACCUGCAAACAAAACGGUACGAGGGCUUAAAUGAGCAUCAUCGACGGAGAACAUGAGUUUGACGGUGAUGACAAACACGAAGAACCAAAACUACAAUGGGCUUCAUUCAAACAAUACCAUCAACUAUAUGCAGUUGGGACAAGUGCUGACCACAUUGCUAUUAAAUCAAUGAUUGAUUGUGUUUUCCCAGAUCAGGAGCAUGAAAAAGAAACAGAAUGCAAAGAACCACCAUCGCAGGAAACAGUUUUUAGUGUGCCUUGUUUGGCAUCAAUUCUUUUUGACAAGGAAAUGUGCGCUUCCCAAUAUGAAGUAAAUACUAAGCUUGGGUGCAGUAGCAGAGAUUCUGCAAGGGAAGAAAGUCUUUGUACAUGGAAAGCACUGUUACAUAGUUUCUUUCAAAAGAAAACUAUUGAACUGAGUCAGGAAAAAUGGAGAAGGAACUUUCUUCAUUUAUUUUCCUUAAAGACAGAUUCAUCAUGUACACUGGAGAAAAGUGAAGCAGCAACUGCCACAAGCACAAAAUGUUCUUUGUUAGAUGUUUCAGAUGACCAAAGCAAGAAAAUUCACAACAAGCCGGAUCCUAUAUAUAGUGGUUUUGGCAAGCUAAAGAAUGGAUUUUACGUUUCUUCAAGUGGGCUGGUGUUUUCUAGUGAAUUUGAGCUUGAGAGGUUUAAUGCAAAGAUGGCUGAAAUGGACAAAAAAUUCAAACAUGAACUGCUCUUGAUUAAACAUCAGCACAGCAAAUUGACGGUAUGGGCACUGAAAUUACAGUAGAACCUCACUGCUUUAAACUCCGUUAUCUCAAAUUCCCUGAUAACUGGAACUCAAAGAAAAUUUCUCUUGGAUCUAUUUUUCCAGUCACUUACUAUUGGCUAUCUUGAGCCCACUUCAUCUCGACCUCUUCUUUGAGUCCCUUGAAUUUAAGUUAGUGGGGUUUAACUGUAUAAACCACAUAAUUAUAUGUAUGCUGUCUCAUGGAAGAUAUGGUGAGCUUGAGGUUAGCAUGUAGUUUUCCAGACUUAUUAACAGUGUUGUGCUGUUGGACUUCAGUGGACACAUUACUCUCAUUGGGUCUCUCUGCCUAAGAUUUAAAAGUUGCUAACAAACUGAUAUUUGUUGUAAUAGGCUAAGACUUCACAAAGGGGAAGUAGGACCCUGGUAAUAAACAAUGGGUGCUUACCAUUUACAAAAACUAUCCGGGUGGAAAUUUCAGGCAUAAACAUUAAACAAUUAAAUGUGACGUUG